ACAUGUCUGACAUCAAUGUCUUGUGACAGUGUUCCAAAUAUAAACAGGACUGAUUCAUAACCACGCUACAUACGUUUACAGAUUCGACAUUUUAAGUUAGUUUAGAUAUCACCAGAAGGAGAACAAGAUGUUUAAAAGCAGCGCUAAUUACAGUAAACUGAAGACUAAUCUGCGAUUGGUAAUCAACCGCUUAAAACUGCUGGAAAAGAAGAAAACCGAGUUGGCACUGAAAGCAAGAAAGGAGAUCGCUGAUUACAUCUCGGCCGGUAAAGAAGACAGGGCGAGGAUCCGGGUGGAACACAUAGUACGGGAAGACUAUUUGGUGGAGGCCAUGGAGUUGCUGGAGAUGUAUUGUGAUUUGUUACUGGCAAGAUUCGGACUGAUACAAACUCAAAAGGAGCUGGAUCCGGGACUUGAGGAGUCUAUUGCUAGCGUAAUCUGGGCCACACCCAGACUUCAGGCUGAUGUGUUAGAGUUGAAAACAGUUUCCAAUGAGUUUACAGCCAAGUACGGCAAGGAAUUUGCACAGGCUUGCCGAACGAACGCUUUGAACCAAGUGAGUGAGAAACUGAUGCACAAGCUGAGUGUGCAGGCGCCACCUAAGAUGCUGGUAGAGAGAUACAUGAUGGAGAUCGCCAAGACGUACAACAUUCCGUUCGAACCGGAUCUGUCCGUCAUGGCCCAGGACGAGAUAUUUGCCGCGGAAAACAUGCUGAUUGAUUUGGGCGAUGACAAAAAUGAAAAAGGAGGCAGUGGAGGAGGACCAAGCGGUGGGAUGGGAACACUUCAGCCAUUAGCUACAAAUACAACCCCCUAUCCUACACAGUCGUCGUCUUCUGGCAAAGUGGCACCACCACUUCCUGGCCUUCCUCCUGCAGCUUCCCCUUCUGCCCCUUACCCGCAGUCAACCCCCUACCCCCAGUCGACCCCCUACCCUCAACCGACGCCAUACCCAAACGGCUACCCAGAUCCUGGCCAGUCUCAGCCACCACCCCCAUCAUUCAAUCAGCUCUACAAUGAGAAGCCGGUGCCAAUGCCUCGCGGUCAGGGGCCGAAUCCCGGUCCCAGGGUGGAAGACAACUUCCCUGAUCUGCCAGCCGUGCCAACCAACACAUUACCCGAUCUGGGAAACACGGUCGGUUCACAGUCCGCUGGUGGGGAGGACGUUGAUUUUGAUGACCUUACAAAACGCUUUGAGGCUUUGAAGAAGAAGAAGUGAAAGCCUAAUGUUAAGACAAUGUGGUAUAAUGUUUUCUGUACAUUCUUGUAUAGAUUAUUUUCAUUGACUGUAUUAAUGGAAUUCGAUACUAGUAAUGUAUAUUAUAUUGCAAGUACAAUAACUGAUGCAUUAGGUCGGUGCUUGGUUUAAACAAUAUUUUAUUUGUCAAAACAACAUACUGGGAUUGGUCAACAGGCUUAGCCUAUAUUAAGACCUCUCCCUAUGACCUCUCCCUAGGUCAGUAUUUGCCGGCCUAUCUACCAUGUAUCCAGUUUCAAUGAACAUUAAGGAGAGUUUCUGCCAGAGGAUACGAAGGGUAAAAGUAUGUGCCCUAUAAUUUUGGAAAAUAAUGGAUAUAUUUUAAUAAAGUUUAGAAAAAUUAGAGUGAAAGAACUGCUGUUUAAAAUUUGUGAAAGGACAUGAAAUGCAGUGUGUCAGUUCAAAAGAUUUAAAACCCAUAACCACCUAUAGAGGCACUUAUGAUCGGUUUGGUUUUUAGAUUCCAUUACAUUCUCUCAAAUUAUUUUUUCGCAGAAAGCCUGAAGGGAUAAUGUCAUUUUCAAAACAUUCUUUAAAUAUGAAUUUCAUUGAAACAGUUCUUUACAUACAGGAUUCCAUUGACAGUGGUUGAUCCUGGUCUGGGCUAAUCAACAAUAUCAAAUUCCAACUGCCGACCACCACUUGUUACACAGUUUGUUGUUUUUAUUAAAUUGUAAGUACAUUGUACAUGUAAGGCUCGAACAUUAUGGUGACAAAAAAAUUAAUUGCUGUAGUUACGAUAUGAAUUGCCAUAGAUGAGGACUUUUAGCUAUGGCAGUUUUGUGCCUCUGGAUAAAAAUUAUUGUCAUCAGUGGAAGAAAUAAAUGUUGGUUUUUAUUUUGUGUUUAUUUGUUGCAAAAGCUACUGGUUUAAAAUUGCUUUAGGCAGGCUCAAAAUUGUCAUUGGUGAGCAUUGUGUCUAUGGCAGGCACGAAAUUGUCAUUGGUGAACAUUGUGUCAAUGGCAGGCUCAAAAUUGUCAUUGGUGAGCAUAGUGUCUGUGGCAGGCACAAAAUUGUCAUUGGUGAGCAUUGUGUCUAUGGCAGGCACAAAAUUGUUAUUGGUGAGCAUUGUGUCUAUGGCAAAAACCUUUCAAAAUUUCUAUAGAUAAAUUCUCAAGUUCGAGACCUGGCAUGUACCUUCCACAUGUUACUUCCACCAGUCAUAAAUGUCUAGGCAGAACCCUGCUUUACUAGCCAGAGAAAACCCCCAACAUGAUAUGCCUUUCAUGUAGUAGUUUUAUAUGUUACAUUAAUUUAUUCGACAGGGUUUAAAGUUCCCAUCCUCCCCUCAUUUCUAAAAAUGCACUCUGGGAAACUAACCCAAAUCCUGCCAGUUUGAAGAGUGGGUCACUACACUGUCUCUCUAACCGCUAACCAGUCCAGGGCAGCAUUCUUGAACCUUUUUUGGAUAGAAUUCAGGAAAUUAACGUGAACAGGGCAUCAUUGUGAAAAAUGCUUCUAGAUUUAGUUCGCGAUAAUAUCCUGUUGUGAAUAUAUUGUGUUGCAUUUAUAAAUAUAUUGCUGCAUUAGGAAAAAUGUAGUGGGUUUCCUCUGAUGAUUACAUAUCACAAUUGCAAAAUGUUUGAUAUCCAAUAGCCGAUGAUUAAUCAAUGUGCUCUAGUGGUGGUGUUAAACAAAACAAACUUUAUAAAUAUAACUAAUGAAAAAAGAAAAAUAUCACGUAAACUUGUUAAAUACUUGCAUUCUUGUUUAGCAAGGUUGAUAGUGCACUAAUGACAAAAUACAUUACAAAUAUAAUAUGCAGUUAAAUAUCUUCUAAAAAAAAAAUGUCUUUCUUUGUAAUAAUUGGCAACAAGACUUAAAAUAAAUUCAAAAUUUUAUUGGCAAGAUAACUAAUUGAACUUGAUCAUACCAAAUGAGAAAUGCAUGUCUUUUUGUCAAUAAAUACAUGUACUUAAUGACACGGACUAGUUAUUAGUGUAAAUAUUUUCAUCUGUUACAUGUAUUGUGAAAUUACACUUUUUUUUACUUAAUGACACGGACUAGUUAUUAGUGUAAAUAUUUUCAUCUGUUACAUGUAUUGUGAAAUUACACUUUUUUUUACAUGUUAAUUAUUUUUUGUUUUUUUAUAGUACUCUGUAGCAGUAGGAAAAAUUAUUUUGUUGUAAAAUAUAAUAAUACAUACCGAGGAAGGAGUGAUAUUAAUAUUUUAAUUAGUUUCACUGUUGUAUAUACAACUAUUCAGUUAAUCAUUUAAUUUUUAUCCUACUACAUAAAAAAUGUAUGUAUCAAUUUGUCAUAUUGUUCAGCAUAGAACUAGUAAAUUGUUAUUGUCAGAUUUUGGAAGGAUGGGGAGAAAAUUGGGCAUCAAAAUAUGUUACUGAUAACCUGUAUUUUUCAACACAUUUAUCAAGUUUACUAUUCUUAUUUAUAUAUUAUUAUCAUUCCUUCACAAACACACUGGUCUUUGUUAUUCAUUCAUGUCAAUGCAGGGCUAGCUCUGGGUUAGCAAGGAAAUUCGCCAAAUUGUCUGUUAAACUUAAACAAUUAAAGAAAUCAACAGUUAUUUUCCGAAAAAUGUCAGUUAUUACAUAAAAUUAUUUUGCCAAAUUAAGAUCAAAUUCACCGAUUGCUUUCAAAAUUAGCAAUUGUCGAAUUUGGCGAGUGCCAGAGGUAGCCCUGUGACACUGUUCUCGUGCUGAUACUUAGGUGUAUCAUUUAUAUUUAAACAGCAAACUUAAGAUGGUGGUAUUUUUGUGGAGAACAAAGUACCAUGCUAGACUUUCUUGACAUGCAGUAACCUGAAUGACUAUUCACAAUUUAUUUCGAUGCCUUGGAAAUUUAUGUGUGUAAGACAUUAUGCUUGGCCUAAUUUAUGCAACUGAUAAUGUAUAAGAUGUGUAUAUAUAUAUUUAUAAUUAGACCAGUGGUCACCAAUAAUGGUUUUAGAAACAGUACAUUUCUAUUGUAUAUUUGUGUUUUGCUACAUACAUGUUGUGUUGUGGAAUACAAUUUGUGAUAUUGGA